GGAGUGCAGAUAAAACAUGAGUCCCAGAGGGCCCUAGCCAGAUGCAUCCUGGGCAAUCAGGAGCCUGGGAUUGGAGACCCCACCCCUGCCAUGACAUCACAGGGGAGUGGGGUGGAGACGAACAAAAAGGGGGUCCCCCACCCUGGCCCUGGACUCUUGGCAGCCCAGAGUGUCAAGAGCAGAGGAAGUCUGAGCCCUGGGCUAGGGUUGCCCGACUUAAAGGAACAGGCUCCCCAUUCCUCAAGACCCUCUAAGCUGCCCCUCCAGGCCUCCAUCUCGUCUCCCCAUCCCUGUGACCUCUCCUCCUUGAGGCCACCAUCGGGUCUCUUCUGAGGGGUCACUGUCUCAGCAUGAAUUGCAUCUCAGAUUUCUUCACCUACGAGACCACCAAGUCGGUGGUUGUGAAGAGCUGGACCAUCGGGAUCAUCAACCGAGCCGUUCAGCUGCUGAUCAUCUCCUACUUCGUGGGGUGGGUUUUCUUGCACGAGAAGGCGUACCAGGUGCGGGACACAGCCAUUGAGUCCUCGGUGGUGACCAAGGUGAAGGGCUUUGGACACUAUGCCAACCGAGUCAUGGACGUGUCUGAUUAUGUGACCCCACCCCAGGGCACCUCCGUGUUUGUCAUAAUCACAAAGAUGAUUGUAACCGAAAACCAGAUGCAAGGAUUCUGCCCAGAGAGCGAGGAGAAGUUCCGCUGUGUGUCAGACAGCCAGUGCCAGCCCGAACGCUUCCCAGGGGUGGGGAUCCUCACGGGCCGCUGCGUGAACUACAGCUCUGAGCUCCGGACCUGUGAGAUCCAGGGCUGGUGCCCCGCCGAGGUGGACACGGUGGAGAUGCCUGUCAUGAUGGAAGCUGAGAACUUCACUAUUUUCAUCAAGAACAGCAUCCGCUUCCCCCUCUUCAACUUUGAGAAGGGAAACCUCCUUCCCAGCCUGACUGCCACCGACCUGAAGACAUGCCGCUUCCACCCCGACAAGGCCCCCUUCUGCCCCAUCUUGCGGGUGGGAGAUGUGGUCAAGUUCGCGGGGCAGAAUUUUGCCAAAUUGGCCAGCACGGGGGGAGUUCUGGGCAUUAAGAUCGGCUGGGUGUGCGACCUGGACAAGGCUUGGGACCAGUGCAUCCCCAAAUAUUCCUUCACCCGGCUCGACAGCGUUUCUGAGAAGAGCAGCGUCUCCCCAGGCUACAACUUCAGGUUUGCCAAGUACUACAAGACAGAGAACGGCAGUGAGUACCGCACGCUUCUGAAGGCUUUCGGCAUCCGCUUCGACGUGCUGGUGUAUGGAAAUGCUGGCAGGUUUGACAUCAUUCCCACAAUCAUCAGCUCCGUGGCAGCCUUCACCUCUGUGGGAGUGGGGACUGUCCUCUGCGACAUCAUCCUGCUAAACUUCCUCAAGGGGGCCGACCAGUACAAAGCCAAGAAGUUUGAGGAGGUGAAUGAGACCACGCUGAAGGUCAUGGCCUCGGCCAACCCUGUGUACCCCAGCGACCAGACCACAGAGGAGAAGCAGUCCACGGACUCAGGCGCCUACUCCAUUGGCCACUAAGGCCUCUUCUGUGGGCCCCACUCUCCCCCUUGGGCUCCAGGCCUCCCAACAGAGGGUCCCACCUGGGCAACGGGGAUGGGAGAGGGGAGAGGCUCUCAUUUUUGCUGCUCACUCCUUGAGGCCACAGCCGGGACCAGGUGUCUGGCCCUCCCACUGCUCUAGACACGUCCUGUUCCCACUAAGACCUCAGUCUCACCUUCACCCCUCGCCUCACCCCUCUGUGCUUCCCAGAACCCCCAGGGCAGUGGUAUGAGUCAUCCCCUUCUGAAGAGUAGAGCUAAUAAUAGGAAUAACUAGUGGCCACAAGGGCCUCCCAAAUGCCAGACACUUUCACACACAUUAUCUCAUUUAAUCCUUAGAAUAAUCCUACGAGGUAGAUAUUAGCUUCCCUAUUUUGAAGACACACUGAGGCUCAGAGAGACUGAGUCGUUUGCCCCAGGCCACCCAGCCAGGAAGCGAGAGAGCUGGGAUUUGGACCCACGUCUGCCUAACUCCACCGCCCACACCCCACAAGAGAAGAAUGAAGCCCCGGGGAGCGUCUGCCCUGCUGCUUCACCCUCCUCCACCUUGACCGUGAUUAGUUUCAGCUUAGUCAAGAGUAAGCCCCAUGCUGUCCCCAGGAACGCAGGCAGGCCCCGUUUUAGGGGAGACCAGUAGGACUGGGGUGCGGGGUCUCUCUCUGACUUGGGUGGGUCCCAAAUUCAGAAGGGAAUAGGAGGCGUAACGGUCAGUGAAUUCUUCCUUCCCUCUCCCCAGGCGAGAGAAGAGGCCUUUCUCAUUUUCUCUGGGACCCCCACGUGCUCAUACAUAUGCCAGGCCCCUCACUCCGGGAGCCCCAUUAGGCUCCCCCGGGGCGGGACGGGAUUCCCCAACCUGGUGCCCUGUUCCAGGAGAUCAGCAAGUCUCUUCCAACACGUUGACGGAAAGGUCCGGUGAGACCCAACGCCCGGCGAGCAGCCGGUCAGCAGGCCAGUCCCCGCGGGGCCCUAAUGAGGUGGUCGGUCCUCUAAUGGCAGAAACUAAAGGGGCUUUCGGAGCCGUCUUGUCUGAUUCUCUUGUUUACAGAUGAGCAAACUGAGGCCAGAGAGGGAAAAUGACUCGUCCAGUGUCACACAGUUAGUGGCCCAAAGAGAACCAGGUGUCCCGCCACUCAGGGAAGGAGGAAGGAACAGGCAGCUGGGAAGGCUGCUGAGAGCACGCCAAGCCCACCCCGUCUUCCUUUGCCCCGACGCCCCCUCCCCUUCUGGGCUCUUCCACAGUGGAGGCCCAGAAAUCUCACCAGGGCAGAGAUCAGGAGCAGAUCCAGGUUUUAUGAAGCCUGAAGCAUAUGCAACGUGGGUCAUCUUUUAGGAUUAGAAGAGGCUCAGGCAGGUGAGUGGCCCUGGAGUGUAAGUUUCACUAGCUUCAUGGUAAAUGCCUUGGAAAGGUUGGCUCGCAGGCCUUAGCAGAGACGAGCUUAACUGUACGUGGAGGGCUGGCCCCUCUACAGAAGGCGCGGGGCAGCUUGGGGGGUAGUUCAGGAAGGCCCAACCCCUCUGAUCCCCCACCCCAGGGAGAGAAGCGGUGAGAUGACGCCACAUGAGGCCCAUCACCCCUUUCUCCACUCUGCCUUCACCCCCAGCCCCAUCCUCAAGAGGAUGGGGUACCACCUCCCCAUGGGUGGCCUAGGGAAUCAGGCAGCAGCCAGAGAUCUGACCAGCAGAGACAUCAGUGAAGGCAGUGCUGAGCUCUCCCAUCAGGAGCCCCAGUGAAUCCAGCUCUCGGGAGGAUGGGCUGAGGCUGGGGUCACAGGGAUGCUCUCUGAGGAGGAGACAGAGGCAGCUCUGUCCUGCAGGGACCCUUCCUCCAGACUGGGGUGGUCCUCGUACGGGCGCAUCAGCCCGUCCUGAGACUGCCAGCCCAUCCCCAGCCUGAGCUCCUGGACGUGUGAGCCCGAUGUUGUCUUGCCCGCAGCUGAACUAGGUCAUGGCUCCCUGUGCAAGACUUAGGGCUGAUCUCAGUAGUAAUACCAGUAACUAACUCACCUCCGCUGCGUCACGUGUACUCAGCACAAUCACGUGACCCCUCACGCCAACCCCGGUAAGCUUGCCAUGGUUUGUCGUUAAUCCUAGAAAUAGAAGAAGAAAUUUGCAACGCGCAGACAUUUGACCUGAAACCCACGCUCAUUCCUAACAGC